AACAACAACAAAAACGAUUCAACAAUGUUUGUUUAUAUUAAAAGGUAUAAACAUAUUGGUAUAUGUUACCCUCACUGUAAUUUAAGCGUGUGCAAUUGCCAAUGUCUUCAUUUGUUUUCUGACAAUGAAGAAUCUUUUAAACGGAAAUACGAUAUAUGUUAUUUUCCUUACUGUCAUAGUGAUGAAACCAACAUAUUUAAUGAAAUUUGGGACCUUAAAGUUCGAACCAGAAACGGUAAUGGAAUGCCAGACAGCACGUCUAAUUUACACACCAAACCAGGAUAGCAAAGAACGCAAAUGGGUCAGAGAAAAUUCGGAUACAGCAACAGCAGAAAUAAUUUAUAAUCACAAGAGAAUACAAGAAUAUGAUGGAAGUAAAUACUUUGAAUCAAAACAGGGGGACAAGUUCAUCUUAUUUAUAUCAGAGAUUAAUUCAACAGACAGUGGGGGAUAUUUGGUAUAUAAUGGUUCAAGUUACACCGGUCGUUCACGUCUAACCGUAAUUGAAAACUCUUCAGAAGGAGGUUGCAUUGAUAAAUGUGGCGAACUUUGGGUCACAAAAUCAAACAUCACAGACGGAGACCCAGUUGCAUUUCAAUUCUUUGUUGUUUCUGGCAAAAACGUGACCUGGGAAAAGAAAUUAGUUUCGGCCUUUAAUCAACUGGUAGAUGGGAAGUAUGAGAUAGCAGAGACGGAAGAGAAACGGAUUCAUACCCUCGAUAUUUCAAAGACAGAAUUAAGCGAUAGAGGCGAAUACAGAGUAAAUUGCGGUAACACAGUGUCGAAUUCAGUAUAUUUGAAUAUUGUUCUACCAGUACCAGUAUUUUCCAACGUUGAAAGCAAAUCUUAUUGCAAACCUGAAGGAUGUAUAUUGGCCUCUCUAUAUGAAGCCGUGAUAGUUGAAUGUUCCGUUAAAGGUGGUCGAUCACCAGAAGAAGUUAUCAUGUCAAAGAAUGACCUGAUGCUUACGAAUGCAAUACACACUCAUAAAGACAAAUUUAAUAUGACCUAUACUUAUGUAAAAUACAGUUUUGUGCCAACUAGAUCAGAUAUUGACACAACAUUUAAAUGUAUGGUGAAAAAUCAAGGUCACUCAGAAUUUUCGUCGGCAUCUGUAAUGGCGUAUGUUUCAGUUACCCCAGAAAAGAUUGAAAUCAGUUUCAACGAGAUAAUAGAAGGAACGCAAUGUGAAGUUCAAUGUAUUGCAAUUAACGGCAGACCACCACUGAACUCGAAUGUUUAUAUAGAUGGUCAAAAAGAAACUGACACGAUGAAGAAAAAUGAAACAGGGGCUAGAAACAUGUUUACUAUAACCACGUCGAUAACGAAAAAUUUUACCCGGCUUCAUAAUCAGGUUAAGGUAAUGUGCUGCAGUACUGUUGGUAAUGGAAUAUGUGGAGAGAAGAAAGUCAAUGUAUUGUUUCCACCAAAAGACAUACAUGUUGAAGAAAUGUUAAGACAAAAUCAAGACAAUGGUAACACAAGAAUUGAAUUAAAAUAUACUGUAGCGGAAUCAAAUCCAAAGAGUUCUAUUGCUUUGAGUGGAGUUGAAAAUGUUGCACGAACGUUGGUUGAUAAAACAUACGAGCGAAAAAGUGGAACACAUGGAUGGGCACUUACAGUGAUUUGGACUUUCAAUUUUACAAGAUUUGAUGAUAAGCGAGAGAUAAAAUGUCAAGUAAGAACUGACGGGUUUCCAGAACUAAAUUUAGAACACAUAUACAAGCUAAAUAUUACAUGUGUUUAUGACCUCAAACCGAAAUGA